UGUGGACUUCCUGGUGUUGGCAAGACAACUACAGUUAAAGAGGGCAAAGAAUAAAACAUGUUUGAAAAGGUGAUCAUGACAACCGUUUCUAAAGAAUUGAACGUUGAGAAGAUUCAAGGCCAGAUUGCUGAGAAGCUGGGUUUGCAACUCAAUGAAAAAACUGAAGAUGUAAGAGCUGCUCGCCUAUGUGUGAGGUUGAAGCAGGAGAAGAAUAUGCUCCUAAUAUUGGAUGAUCUUUGGGAGGAACUUGAUUUGGGCAAAGUUGGAAUUCCCUUUGUUGAAGGUUGCAAAAUGUUACUAACUUCAAGGAAUGAAAUGUUGCUGUCAAAAGACAUGAAAUAUCAAGAAAUUAUCAAAGUGGGUGUUUUGUUAGAGUAUGAAGCAUGGGAGUUGUUCAAGAGGAUUGCUGAGCUUUCUGUUGACUCAAGUAGUCCUGAGUUGGCAUCUAUAGCCAUUGCGAUUGUUCGAAAGUGUGGUGGCCUGCCGCUAAUGAUUGCUACAGCUGCCAAGGCAUUGAAGAAUAAAGAUCUAAAUGAGUGGAAAGAUGCCCUUGCACGAUUGAAUAAUCCUUUGAGGAGAAACACACAUUAA